AUAUGGCUACUUGCGAAAAUGUUUCCGAUCCGGUGUAAACAUGUUUCACGCUUGGUUUUAUGACAUUCAGUCUUACGUGUUGCUUGAGGAUUAUCUGCAUUAUCUUAAUCAUUUAACUACUCUUUGAAAUCAUGGGGAUGAAUUGUUGAGAGAAUCUAGUUUUUCGAAUGCAAUUUUUGGUCGAUACAGAUUUACGGAGUUUGCAAACAUUCAUUUGAACCAUACCUGUGACCUAGUAUGAGCAGUAUGAGUCAAUUGCAUGAUAAUUUUGCGUAAACGUCGUCUGCUGGUUAACCUGUCAGCCGAUGGUGUCAGAGGUGAAAAUACCUCUUGCUGUUGUUGGAUUAUUUACACGGCUUUGCAAACUAAAAGCUCGAAUAAAAUAGUAUUUUUGUGAGCUUUAUCAAAGUUAUGGCUGAAAUAGAGUGGCCUUGGCAAUACAGUUUUCCACCUUUCUUCACACUUCAGCCUCAUGAAGAGACCCGAACAAAACAAUUGGCAGCAUGGAAAAGUUUGGUGCUGGAUUAUUUGAAAGCCACCAAAGAGGCGACAAUAGAUAUUCGAGAAAUUCACUCCAGUCCAUUAUUCAACAAUGCUGCUAUCAAAAGAAAAUUAUCACCCGAAGUAGUUUCAAUGAUAAUGGAAGAUUUAUCAAAAAGCAACAACGCUUGUCCAUUAGACAAAAGCAAACAGAGAUGGUUGGUUUCCUGGCAUACUUUUCAGGAGUGGGCAGACAUCAUUUACAAUUGGGUGCAAGACAGAGGCAUGACCAGCUCGGUGUGUACGUUGUUUGAAUUGGUACAGGGCGAUGAUACCGUUGACCAAGAGUUCUAUGGUCUUGACAACGAGGUACUUUUAAAAGCGUUGCGAAUUCUUGAAGGAGAUCAGAAGGCUGAACUGAUUAUGUUCGACGAGAAUCAAGGCGUCAAAUUUUUUUAACAUCCAAAUGAAACGAAGAGAGAGGAAAUCCGUAUAUAUUUAUUUUAAUGCAGGUAUGCAGACGUCCGCUUCGCUAAAGAUCGAAACAACAAAACUGAGACCGAGAACUGGCAAAACUAUCAACUCAUUAUAUUACUCAUUAAUGCAUACGCAAAUAACAAAUAUAUAUAUAAAUUGAUGUUACAUUUAUAUUUCUAUAAAACUGACUUGGGUCGUAAAGACA